AUGACAUCAUCACCAACCUACCCCACCGUGGAGCUGGAAACGUUGGCCAAGGAGCAGGCGGAAAGGGUUGCUGCUGUUCUACGUGCCUCAGCCCACAUGGACUACAUUGGGGAGUCCAUCUCCCAGCUCGAGCACGCCCUCCAGUGCGCCAAGUUUGCUGCCGACUCGGGCGCGGACGAGGAGACGGUGCUGGGCGCGAUGCUGCACGACGUGGGCCAUCUGCAGCUGGAUGUCGACCAGGACGAGAGUUCGCUUGCGCGCAUGGGAGCCGUGGGUGUGCAGAACCACGAGGUGGUGGGCGCCAGCUACCUCCUGCGCCUGGGCUUCUCGGACAAGGUCGCCCAGCUCGUGUGCGGUCACGUCCAGGCUAAGCGCUACCUGGUGUGGAAGCACGAUAACUACGCACGGAAGCUGUCGCCGGCCAGCAAGCUCACGCUCGAGUACCAGGGCGGACCGAUGAGUGACGCCGAGGCGCUGGCGUUUGAGCAGAGCCCGCUGUUCGACGCCAUACUCAAGCUGCGCAGCUGGGACGACAAGGCCAAGGUGGUGGGACUCCGAGUGCCCGAUCUGGACCACUACCUACCGAUGAUGGUGCGACACAUCAGGCACAACCUCGGCCGACACGACGCCUGA